GUAAUUGGGUAUUUGGAAAAUUUGGGGGUUUUGUGAAAAAUUUCCCAAUUCUUUGAGGGGGGAAAAAUUAAGAGCGAGGGUUGUCUAACGGCAGCAUUCCGAUCCAAAUUCCUCCGGCGUCUUGGAGUUUCUCCAAAUGGGGUUUGGAUGAAUUUGGAAGGAAUGACCGGUUCACAAAGUUUGAAGAAUGUUUCAGGCAUUAAAGUGUUUUUUUUUCUGUUUCAAGGUAGUAAAUAAUUGAGAAAAAAUCAGGCCUCUAUAAACAUUAGGUUAAAGAAUGGAGUGCAACAGAGAUGAGGCUCUCAGGGCAAAAGAAAUUGCUGAAAGGAAGUUCCAAGCAAAUGAUCUCGGGGGCGCCAAAAAGUUUGCGUUGAAGGCCCAGAACCUAUAUCCACCUCUUGAUGGUAUUGACCAGAUGAUAUCUACUCUAAACGUUCAUCUCUCUUCAAUUGCGAGAUUUGAUGGAGAAAAAGAUUGGUACGCCAUUCUCUCUAGUGAUCCUUCAGCUGAUGAGGAAACUGUGAGGAAACAGUACAGGAAGUUAGCCCUUCUGUUCCAUCCAGACAAGAACAAAUCCAUUGGUGCUGAAGGUGCUUUCAAACUUAUUUCUGAGGCUUGGAGUGUGUUAUCAGAUAAGAGUAAGAGAACUUUAUAUGAUCAUAAGAGAUUUGGAAGAACUUUCCAACGUAAAACUAAUAGUACAGUGAAAAAAGAUAAUUCUGUCCCUAAUAGUUCCAAUGGCGUCCACACUCCUGCCAAUAAUGCUCCAUCUAAAGUUCGAGUUCAAAAAACCUAUGCGAGGACAGCUCCAACACCUAUUAUCUCAAAAUCUCCUCCAUCCCGGCCAUCAAAACCUGGAACAUUUUGGACUUCAUGUCUUCACUGCAAGAUGCAGUAUGAGUACCUCAGAGUAUACCUUAAUCUCAAUCUCCAGUGUCCUAGCUGCCAAAAACCAUUUGUAGCUUCUGAGAACGUCGUUCCAGCUAAGGGGCCUGAUGACUCUUCUCAACCUUCUUCACAGCUGCCACAGCAGAAUUCUGACGGUAAAUCCUCAACGAAAAAUUGUCAAGGUGCCUCAGGAUUUCGACCUGACUUUACUAGCAGUUCAAAGUUCCAAUGGGGUCCAUUUUCAAGAACAACAGGGACAGCGAGUGCUUCUGCCUCGACAACUGCUGCUGCUCAAGCUGCUAAUGUUGUUCACCAUACCUAUGAGAAGGUGAGGAGAGAGCGAGAGCAAGCUCAAGCAGCAGCUAGAAGGGAAGAGGCUAUAAGGAGUGAAUUGAAGAGGAAUUCUUCCGGUGCUGCAAAUCUCAAUGCAGGAGUUGAUGGCAAUGGUAAGGUAGAAAAACCUGCAAAGAGGAAGAGAAGCAUUCUUGAUGAUCCGAUAAUGAAUUAUGGAGUAGGGACAGGACAUACUGGCUUGUACUAUGCAAACUUUUCCGCCGCUGGAUUGAGAGAAUUUUAUUUGAGAAGGGGCUUUCCCCAGGCUCAUGUGCUUACCAAAUUGAUGACUAAGUCAAAGAAUGAUCUCCAUAAGGUAGUAGAAACAUGGAUUUCACAAAAAGCAUGCAAAGCCGCUGAAAAAGAAAGUGCAAAAAAGAAGCAAAAAUUGAAGGAGAUUGUCGAUGAAAAAGUGAAGGAAGUGAAUCAUGAGAAUGCUGCUGGUCAAGAUAGGGUAGAUGGGCCCGUUAAUAACAGUAAGCAACCUGCUGGUCCUCCUAUGAGUGACUCAGCCAGGACUCAGGAUGCUAAUUCUGACAAAGAAGUGGCAGAACCUGUAAAUAUUGACGUUCCAGAUGCCGACUUCCAUGAUUUUGACAAAGAUCGCACCGAAAAAUCAUUUAAAGCUGAUGAUAUAUGGGCUACUUAUGAUAAUGAAGAUGGUAUGCCUCGUUACUAUGCAUUAAUUCAAAAGGUUAUCUCUUAUGAGCCUUUUAAAGUUCGCAUGAGCUUUCUCAAUUCAAAGACCAACAGUGAAUUUGGUCCACUAAACUGGGUUGCUUCUGGCUUUGCCAAAACAUCUGGGGAGUUCCGUGUUGGUAGAUAUGAAGUCAAUGAUGCACUUAAUGUUUUCUCACACAGGGUUAAGUGGGAGAAAGGUUUGCGUGGAGUAAUUAAGAUUGUUCCUAGGCAAGGCGAAAUUUGGGCCCUUUAUAGAAAUUGGUCUCCUGAUUGGAAUGAGCAUACCCCUGAUGAGGUAAUGUACAAGUAUGACAUGGUGGAAGUUCUUGAAGACUACAGUGAGGAGCAAGGAGUUUGUGUUGCCCCCUUAGUGAAGGUUGCUGAAUUUAAAACAGUUUUCCAUCGGCAUCCAGACCCAAUGAAAGUUAAGAAGAUUCCAAGAGAAGAAAUAUUUAGAUUAUCACAUCAGGUUCCAUCCUAUGUUCUCACUGGUGACGAAGGUCCAGGUGCUCCAAGGGGUUGCUAUGAACUAGACCCUGCAGCAACUCCCCUUGAGCUUCUUCAAGUAGUAAAGGAAAUCAAGGGUGACGAGGUGAUGCAGGUGUCUGAACUACAACAAAAAACAAACAGUUAGUUGAUUGCAGCUUACUUAUCUGCAUUAACAACUUUUGAGGUUUUUACAUCAGUUCAUUUCAAACAUGCCCCCAAUUACAGUUCAUCUUCAAAGCUUUUGUACAGUUUUGUUGACUUUUUGCUGACAACCGGAGUAUGAUGAUGAAAGCAGUAGUUUGCUAAAGAAUCAUAUUUCAUAGUCAUCAUUGAAGUCCUCUAACAAGUAUAACAUAGGCUUAAAAGGUCAUGGGAGUCGGCUUAUGGAGAUCAAACAUUCUAGCAGCAGUGCUCUUCAUGGAAUUUCUAGGGAGUCAGACUUUGUUUGAUAUUAAGCUACUUCGGAGUCUGAGUUGCAACUAGAGGAGCUUCGGGUUAUUUUGAGAUAUAUGGUUUCCAGCUGCUUCAGAAAGUCAACAAAAUUUGCAAAAGCUUUUGUUUUUGAAACCUAUAAAGGAGCAAAGUUAUAUAUAGACUUUGAGUUCAUAAACUUUAUUAUACCUUUUGUUGCAGUUAAUAUAGUUAGUUAUGGAAACAGGUUGAGAAACGGGUCGCCAUCCUUGGGCAUCAGAAGUUUCUCCCCGGAACAUAGAAAACUUAAAGAUUUUACAAAGUUUAUAUAGAAUUGCAGUUGCUCUUUAUAUCUAAAAUGUUUUCUAUUAUAUUUGGACAUGAGUGUUACUGCUGAUGUAUAUCAUCUGAGAAAUGGGUUUUUUUUGGUUGAUGGAAGAUGAAAAUUCAGUGGGAGGAAGCUUUCCUCUCUGUUGUUUUGUUGGAUGA